UGUUACGUUGAGGUUCUUGGUGCCGCUUAUUUAAUUGUUAUUUUAUUUAACAAAAUAUGUUAGUAUGCACUGCCUAGUCAGACAAACGCAACGUUUAAGUUGCUGGCUCCCAGCAGCGCAAAUUCAUACAACCGCAGUGCAGCGCACGUUUUGGGAGCGAGAAAAGAAAUCCGGCUACAAAACAAAACUACCGGAGCCAUCAAAAAAGCAGCUUAUAAUUGAUGGACUACGGGACUUAAAAGAGGAAAUCAAGCUAUGGCGUCAGGAAGUAAAAGAAAAACUCGAAAGCGAUCCAAUUCUAGUAUUUCGACCCGGAGAAACGGAUAUAGUGUUCGAUUUCAAAGCACCGGAUGUACUCGAUAAAUGGACAGUGACAACAGAUGCGGAUCACGGUGAAGGCAAAAGCAAAGCCACAUUAGAGCUAAGUGCUUCAGGGGCCGGACUCUUCCACGGCGAAGUUAGUUCUCAGCAUACCAAGGAUGGCAUCAUCAAGCGCACCGGCUAUGCGAAUAUACGCACUAAGCGUGUGCGGAAAUCAUUUAAGCGAGAGUCUACAUACGACUGGACUCAGUACAACAUGUUGAUUAUGAAGGUGCGCGGCGACGGACGCAGCUAUCUAAUUAAUUUACACACAGAGGGCUAUUUCGAUCUCAUGUGGAACGAUAUAUAUCACUAUGUACUUUAUACACGCGGUGGCCCUCACUGGCAAAUAGCAAAGAUACCCUUCUCCAAGUUCUUUCUAUCCUCCAAGGGUCGUGUACAGGAUCGUCAGAAUGCAAUACCUCUGGAUUGUGUAACUCACUUUGGCUUCUCUGUGGCAGCCAAAAAAGGCAUGGAUGGGCCAUUUGGUUUGGAAAUUGACUAUGUGGGAUUGGAAUAUGAUCCCAGCCAUCAAGAGGAAUUCGCCUACGAAAUGUACAAAACACCCAAGUAUAUUGUAGCUACCUAAAAACAAAAAUCUGUUAAUUGUAGAAUAUUGAGCAUUCAAAAUAAA